AUGUCCGAUCAGUUCCUCAACCUGCUGCCGCUGAGGAACCUCAUCGACCCUCUCAUCUACCAGAACCUGCCUCUGGUAGCCAAAGCCGCCAAAGAGAAGCCCACUAAGGGUGCCGCGGCCCGCAAACCACUGGCGUCGGCGCUCCCGGCCCCGGCCUCGUCGACCGCUGCUCCUCAUUUUGCUACGGGACUCACUCCCUACGUAUCCAAGACGUAUUUUCAGGACAUCCUGUUCUCGUUGACCCCUCACAAAGACCAUGGCCCCGUCGAUUAUGCUCAGGGACUCAACCUUACGCCGUUCUUAAGCCACAACUGCCAGAUCCCAUUGCUGGUGGCACUGAACCUGAUCAGCCACCAGCUUUCAAAUAUCACGCCCUUCCAUGACAAAACCCUCCAGUUGAACGAUUUCUUUAUGGAUCUGCCGUUAAACCAAAAGGAUAUUGAUGCCCUGACCCCUUCCAAAUUCAACUUCCAGCUGGCAUCGAAACGCACCAUCAACCAGGUCGACACCCCGCCACGAUCACGCCAUAAGCUCAGCAUCAGCCAUAAACCCCAGACUAAAGUCACCCCAUCGAAAACACCGUCGCGGGGGCUCCGGGAUAUCACUAAUACCCACGGCGGCGCGUUGCCGCCAGUAAAGGAAACACCCCAACGAGACCCCGACCUGCUGCCGCUGACACUUAUCGUGCUGAGUGCGAUCCGUCUGAAUGAAACCGACGUCGAACCAGCCAAUAAUGACGACGAUGACGAUGACGACGACGACGAGAGCCCCCCGCUGCCUACCCCACAAAAAGACCAGGUAAAGAUUACUGACCAGGCACCGCCAGUGAUGGGGACUUUCCUGAGUAAAACAGCUAAGAAAAACAAGAACCCUAAACCGCCGAAGCGUACGGCUCCGGCAAACCACAAAUUCCAGAUUGUGUUUACUGAUGUCCACACCUUGAUGAACCUGAAACUGAAAAAGAAUAAGCAAAAGCGGCCGCCGCAGCGACCACAGCUGACGUCUCAACAGUCAAACCCACCCACCAAUAAGCCUCCUCAACAACCUCAUCUAGGAGCGGGGAUGGUCGUUCCCCCAGCGAACUUUGGCUACCAGCAAAUGAUGCAGGCUCCUCCCACCGCCAAUCCCGCCAUUCCUCCGCCUCCGGCGAAAAGUGAUGUCACUUGCAAUACAUCGAAAGAGAUCAGCAUGAUGCUGGCCCAUCAGAACCACACCACCGAACACACCCUGUUCGAGAUGGCACAUGUCCUGCUGACGCCUAACGGCAAGUUCAUCCUUGACAAGGUGUUUGAGCGGGUGUCGCCGCUGGGGUUUGGCUACGGCUCGAUGCCGCCGCCGCUGCAGCCCAUUAAAGGCGCCAACACCGUGCCUGGGGCUUCGGGACCGAUGCUCAUGAUGCUGACCCCGCAACACCAGAGCGUCAUCAACUACGCCAUGUACGGGAGCGAGAUGUCGCCGCUGACGGAGGCGGUGAUGCCGAUGUUCGCCCUGCCCACUAACUAUGCCAUGCUCCACCCCCACCAGAUGUGUCCUCAACCGCCGCCUCCGCAGGAUGAGGACGCCAAGGCUCACGCUAAACGAUACGACUUGCAUUGA